CCAGAUUUUGGCAAAACAAUGGCUUAUCAAGCUACAGAACUAUUUUCUGAAAUAGACAAACUUCGUACCCAGAUGCUAAGCAAUGCAGAUCUCAUGACCGUCCACCGAGUUGAUGAAGAACGCAGCGACAGUGAAAUUUUAGGCCUGAUUGAAAACAUCAUCCUGACGAUUGUGACCAGUCUGUCUAAAGAGGAGGCGCCUGUCCUGUCCCUGCCCAACAGGUCCACCUGGGUCAAUGUCAGGUUUGACAGUAGUGUUGGACUUCAGAUGAAUCCAGAAACCACAUUCACUACUGUCAGAUGUGACUCUCUGGUCUCCAUCACAAAAUUUGCACAAAUUGUCAAAAUCCUCUCUGUAAUUUACAGACUAAUAUUGAGCAACUCAUAUGCUACUAAGAGAGACAUCUACUACAAUGACACACAGCUGUUUGGGUCCCAGGCCAGAGUGGAUUACAUUGUAGAUGAUAUCUCCUGCUUGCUUAAAGUUCCUCGGAGAUCCUUGCAUGUGUUGGCCACUUCCAAAGGGUUGAUCACAGGAGACCUCUGCUAUUUGGAAGAAGAUAGGACUAGAAUUGACUGUCGCUCUGCAGCCUUUCCUGUUUCAUCAAACAUUGGUGGAAUAAAAAACAUUGUAUCAUCUGCCAAAUUUGUCUUGAUUGUUGAGAAAGAUGCAACAUUUCAGAGACUGUUGGACGACAACUUGUGCACCAAACUUGCACCUUGUAUCAUGAUUACGGGCAAAGGAGUCCCAGAUGUGAACAGCCGGCUGAUGGUGAGAAAGCUCUGGGACACGCUGCACAUCCCCAUCUUCGCUUUGGUGGAUGCUGAUCCCUACGGCAUUGAGAUCAUGUGCAUCUACAAGUAUGGAUCCAAAGCCAUGUCAUUUGAGGCUCGCAGUCUGACCGUCCCCAGCGUUAUGUGGCUAGGCCUCCUCCCCUCUGACCUCCAGAGGUUGCGGGUUCCUGAAGAUGGUCUCAUUCCUCUCACGAAGAAGGAUGAAACCAAGCUCAGCAGUCUCCUCAAAAGGCCCUAUCUUAAAAACCAUCCGGACUGGCAGAGAGAGAUUGAACUGAUGCAGCAGACUAAGGUCAAGGCAGAGAUCCAGUCGCUGUCCGCCAUUGCCCCAGAUUUUCUCACCAGCAUCUACCUGCCCAACAAGCUGCACUACGGUGGCUGGGUGUAA